UAAUACUGUGGCACACACUGACUGUUGACAGCCAACACAGCCAGUGGUGCUGUCCAGUGUGGUGCAGCUGAUCAUCAGGGACACGCUCUGCUGGUUUCUACCGAAGUUUAAGUGCACACCAGGAAAAGCUGCUCAGAAUGGCCUCCCCUGAUGACACAGAGGGGUCCCUCACGCCCGUGGACUUCAUCCAACUGCAGCAGUACAUGGAAUACAGCAGUUUGAAGGUGAAAGAUGUCAUUAAACAGUUUCAACCGGGCGGCCGUCUGGCCCAGCACACUGUGGGAGAGUGCGUCGAUGAAAAGGGUUUGAGUCUCUUUCUGAAGACUUACCUGGAGGUGGAUGACUUUCCUGCAGAUUUCUGUCGACGCCUCUUUCACUAUUUCCAACACGCAGAGAGGGACACAAAAAAACGGUCCAACCAAGAAGGAGGAGUCUUUCUUUAUGAUGUGUCCUGUUACUUCUUAGUGCUGGAGGAAGGGAAGCCGCGAGAGAAGCUUGAAUUCACUUUCAGACUUUACGACAAAGACGUCAACGGAAUCCUGGACAGUUGCGAAGUGGAUCGGAUAAUCACCCAAAUGAUGCGAGCAGCUGACUACCUGGGCUGGGAUGUGACGGAGCUCAGAACAGUGCUGAAAGACAUGAUGACAGCCAUCGAUGUUGAUGCCAGUGGGACGGUCACGCUGGAGGAAUGGCUGAAAGGAGGCAUGAACAACGUACCUCUCCUGGUUCUGCUUGGACUGAAGGUACCGGAGAAGGAUGGACAGCAUAUAUGGAGGAUGAAAAACUUCAACAAACCAACUUACUGCAGUCUGUGUCACAACAUGCUCCUCGGCCUCAGGAAGCAGGGACUCUGCUGCACCUGUUGCAAGUACACGGUCCACAGUAACUGUGCCAACAAGAACCCAGAGCCCUGUGCCCGCACAUUUGUCAAGUCUAAGAAGGACAUUGGUGUUAAAGCUCAUGACUGGAUCAGAGCUGAAGGCAGCAGUACUAAAUGUCAGGUCUGUCACAAGAAGAUCAAAACUUUGGCGGGAAGACGUUGUGUGUGGUGUCAGGAGUGGCGUCAUGAAGACUGUCUUCUCUCCGACCCAACCUGUGACUGUGGGCCGCUGAAAGACCAUAUAAUGCCUCCAUGGGCCGUGUACGCUGUCUCAAAGGAGGAGGAUACCUCUCUGUUGAAUGUAACUCCUGACGGCCACAUCCUGCAGUGUGCUCCAGUUUCUGAUGCCCACCCUCUGUUGGUGUUUGUCAAUCCAAAAAGUGGAGGAAAACAGGGUGAAAAAGUGCUCAGAAAGUUUCAUGUCCUGUUGAACCCACGGCAAGUCUACAACCUGUCCAACGGAGGACCUGCUCCAGGGCUGCACUUUUUCCACAACCUCAACAACUACAGAAUCUUAGUUUGCGGAGGAGACGGCACUGUCGGCUGGCUGUUGGAUGCUAUAGACAAAGCUGAACUUCCGGUGCGUCCUCCUGUAGCUGUCCUACCUCUGGGGACUGGGAAUGACAUGGCUCGCUGUCUUCGCUGGGGAGGAGGCUACGAGGGGUCAGAUCUGCGAGAAAUCCUGAAGGAGAUUGAAGUCAGCACGGUGAUUCCACUGGAUCGUUGGAGCAUCCGGGUGAUACCUGACGACCCCCAGGAGAUCGGAGACCCCGUACCGUACCAGAUCAUUAACAACUAUUUUUCUAUUGGAGUGGAUGCCUCUAUUGCUCAUCGUUUCCAUUCCAUGAGAGAGAAAUUUCCUCAGAGAUUCAACAGCAGGAUGAAGAACAAACUGUGGUAUUUUGAGUUUGCUACUUCUGAAACUAUCUCUGCCUCCUGCAAAAAGCUGACAGACUGUCUUUCGAUUGAGUGCUGUGGGAAGCUCGUAGAACUGAGUCACUUGUCUCUAGAGGGAAUAGCUGUCCUUAACAUACCCAGCAUGCAUGGAGGAUCCAACCUGUGGGGGGAAUCCAAGAAGUCUGAUGGUGCACCUGAGGCUGAACACUCUGAAGUUAUUAUUGACCCUGAACUCCUAAAAUCAGUCUCGCAAGAUAUGAGUGAUAAGCGGCUGGAGGUGGUGGGGCUGGGAGGAGCCAUAGAGAUGGGACAAAUCUACACUGGGAUGAAGAGUGCUGGACACAGGCUGGCCCAGACUUCUCAAAUCACCAUCAGGACAAUCAAAGCUCUGCCUAUGCAGAUCGACGGAGAGCCGUGGAUGCAGCCUCCUUGCACUAUCCACAUAACUCACAAGAACCAAGCCAACAUGCUUCUGGCUGCCGCAACUAAACCGUCCUCCUUCUUCCACCACAAGUAGAGGAACUGUUCCACCACAUCCUCCACAAUAACAUGUCACAGUAGACCACACAUACUUCAAUAGCAAACAACAACAGCAACAAAAUAUAGAAGAAGUGACAAAAUAGAAUACAUUACUGAAAUGGAAAAGUAUUUUCAGGUUAAAACCUAACUGGGUAAUAAGAGUUAUUUUCUUGAAAAUUUGUUAUUCUUGUUUUUGCGCUCUUCACCUUAUCCCUGGUGUGUUUCUGAACUGUUAAAAAAAAGGUAAACCCUCAUGUCAUCAUUCUGACCCCAAAUAAAAUGAAUGCUUAUACUUUUGUAGUGUAAACAUGGUCUAUUGGCCCAAUAUUUAAAAAAGAAAAAAACAUUUUUUUACAACAUGGAUUUCAAUAUCACUUUUUACUAUGUACUUUAAAUAAAAUCAAAACGAUAUUGGAUGGUUUUGGCUGCAGGUGAACAAAGGUGUUGACAUUUGCGAGGACAAUGUAAGGGGUUAAAGACACUAAUGUAGAGGUUACAGAUAAACAACAACACAUUAUUUGUGCAUUUAGGAUAAAGGUGUUGAAUAAAUAAACAGUAGU